CGCGGGCGCGGACCCGCGGGGCGGCUGCAAGGCGAGGGCGGGGCCUCUGCGCCCGGGCCGCCUCCUCGGCCUAUAACUGAGCCCCCGGGCUCCUGGCUCCCACUCGCCCCCUACCGGACCGGUGCAGCGGCUUCGCCCCUUGCUUUGGACCUCCGGCCUCACUUCUCCUCCAGAUGGACCCCAAGUGCUCCUGCCCCACUGGCGGCUCCUGCAGCUGUGCUGGCUCCUGCACCUGCAAAGCCUGCAGAUGCGCCUCCUGCAAGAAGAGCUGCUGCCCCUGCUGCCCCGUGGGCUGCGCCAAGUGCGCCCAGGGCUGCGUGUGCAAAGGGGCCUCGGCCAAGUGCAGCUGCUGUGCCUGAUGUCGCGGACAGCCUGCCCCGGGUGUCCAUGGAGGAACGCGGGCCGACCUGCGUUUUUAUACAACUCUGACUUGAUUGCUACAUUCCCUUUCCUAUGAAAUAUGUAAGUGGUAAUAAAAGUUGUGGACACUA